GACUCCUCCGAUAUCAACCCAUUUCUCCUCCAGACCACACCAGAAACCCCCUUGAGCAACUAACAAGACACUGGCUUAAUGAACGACACACCCCUGACAUCUUACAGAGCUCCUCAGUGGGAGAUGCUGGACCAUCUUAAGACUCAAGCGCCAGACAUUCGGAUUAUGCUCAUGCAGGUGGAAUUUGAAUGUGUCAAGUUUAUUGUGAGUAUGUCCGUACGAGCCUGAAGUUGUUCAAGAUGUAGAAAUGUGUUCUGAAGAUAGAGAAAUACACCCAGUUCGUC